GAGGACCUACGAAAAUGAGUUCGGUUUUCACCCGGAGACUGGAUGAAAGACCAGAGCUUUACCUCAAUCAUGAGCUGCAGCCGGUGUCCGAUGAUAGCAAAAUAAGAGCUGAAUUUAGCAGUUUUCUGGGGAAAUUGUCACGGGAGUGUGUGCCACUUGAUUAUGUUAACUGGAAACAAAUUCCUGCUGAGGAAAAAAAUAGAUGGUGGGAGUUUAUCAAGCAAAAGUACAUCAUUCCCGAGGAAGGUAAAGAUUGGAUUAUGAAGACUAUUGAUGAGUCUUGGAGGGUGUACAAAAGUCGAUUCAAGGCACAGUAUUAUACCAAAUAUGAUACUGAUGAGGAUCGGCUAAAAAAUAGGCCUCAACAUAUUUCACUAGAACAAUUCAAGUCAUUGAUAGCAUAUUGGGGUGAUGAGUUUGUGAAGGAGAAGGCAAGAAAAAAUGUAGUAAAUCAGCAAAAAGUUAAAGACAAACACAAGGCUGGCCGUAAAAGUUUUGCUCAGAUUGGCAACGAAAUUAAAAAGAAGAAGAACCUGCCUAAAUCACCAUCAAAGGGGAAAAUUUACCCUAAAACUCGCAAGUUUCCGAAGAAAAAAGCUGGUGACAAUUUAGAGGAAGAAGUCAGUGAUCAUGAUUCGGUGGAACUAGACUUUGAUAAUCAUGCGCCUAAUUGGCUUCUUGGCAGAGGUGGAAGGACAAGGAAAACAAUGCUAGAUAAGAUGCAGAAAAGAGAAAAGAACAGAUCUGAAGAAUUGAUAAAGCUAAGAGAAGAACUUUCUCGUGAAAUGGAGGAGAAGAUGAACAGAAAGCUGAAAAAUAUUUUGGAAAAGAUUGUUCAAAUGACUUCUUUACAAAUUGACAUUGACGAACUAUUGGCUGAUGACAACACUGAUCAUGGGGCUGAAGCGGAGUUGGAUGGAAAUGAAGCCGAGGGAGCUACAUGAUAGCUUCAGA